AUGCCGCAGUUCAAAGUCGCAAUUUACAUUUACAAGGAUGCCGACCUCCUAGAUUUCUCAGGACCGGCUGAGAUUUAUUGCCACCAUCAUGAUAAGGACAGAAGCAAGCCGGCUCCCUUCUCAGUCACUUCUUUCGCCCACACGAGCCCCGUCACGUCUGCUUCCAGCGCCAUGGUUUACGUCCCCAACACUACUUUUGCGGACAUCUGCAAUCGUAUUGAAGACUAUGACAUUCUUGUCAUUCCAGGUGCUCAUGAUGAAACCAUCGAAAGAUUCAUCAGUACUAAAGAUGGGAAAGAGCUAGGUGAACUGAUCCGGAAAUUUGUGACUCUGGGGCCAAGGAAAGAAACGGGAAAGAGGUUUCUACAGUCGGUGUGCACUGGAGGUCUCAUCCUCGCAGCUUCCGGAGUACUUGCUGGUCGCAUCGUAACGACACACCACUUGUCUCUCGACUUGCAGAAGAAGCUCGCUGACCAGGCGGCGGGCGGAGAUUCAAAAGUCAUCGUCGUUAGGCAACGAUGGUCUGAUGCUGGAACUACAGAUGCUGGUGUGCGCAUCGUAACAGCGGGAGGAGUCAGCUCGGGGAUUGAUACUUCUCUAUGGAUUGUCGGACAGUGCUUUGGACAGAAAGCGGCUGAGAUGGUUUCGGAGAUCUCUGAAUUUGAGUUGAGGUCAACAGCAUGGGGAACAGCACUAUGA